AUGUCUGUGAUUUUCAAACAGUCCAUUCGAGCUCUUCUAAGGACUUCCUCCGGAAGAUCAUGCAUGAUACCGGCAGUUUCAAUUGCAAUCAGAUUGAACUCGACUGCUGAUGGUGCAGCUGCCAAUGCCUCUACUGAUUCCUCUAGCAUAAAUUCCAAGAAGACUGAUACUCCAGUGGAUUCAAAAAUUGCUGAGAUUGUUCGCUCUAUUUCCAAAUUGACAUUGAUGGAGACUUCUGCUCUAAUCAAAGAAUUGAAGUCUAAGUUGGACAUUCCUGACAUUGCAUUCCCAGUGGCGGGCACUGCCGGUGCUGCUGCACCACAAGCUGCAGAAGAUAUCGCCAAAGAGGAACCUAAACAGAAGACAAUAUUCAACUUGAAGUUGGAGUCGUUCGAUCCAAAGUCUAAAGCUAAAGUCAUUAAGGAGGUGAAAUCUGAACUUGGCUUGUCUCUCGUUAAGGCCAAGAAACUCGUUGAAAGUGCCCCUAAGAUCUUGAAAGAGAAUAUGUCUAAAGAAGACGCGGAAAAGUUCAAGGAAACUUUGGAGAAGCAUGGUGCUAAGGUCACAUUGGAGUGA